UGAAAACAUGACUUAACCUAAAGAAGUAAUUAGUUCUAUAUUCGAUUCUGGCAAUAAUAUUAUCACCAUGUCCGAAUUAGCCUUAGAGAGAGAGGACAGCGAGUUAAGCGAGGAAGCCGCAAUGAUAGAGAGAGAACUGAUGAAAAUGCAGGCGAGAAUAUUACGCAACAUCAGUGACACAUCCGAAAGGGCUUCGGAAAAUGUUUCAAUUUUAUUGGAAAAUUUCAACGAUCGGCUGAGACUCAUCGAAGAACGUGCCAAAGUGUACAAUUGUGAUGUACACGCGUGCAUUGAUGCGGCUCAAGAAAAAAUCCACCACCUAGAAACGUCAAAAGUGCUAGAGAUACAUACCAAUGUUGGAAAAACGGUGCAGUCGAUACGAAGAACAUUUAUGAACACAUCGUUGAGCCUUAGCGAAGAGGCCGAUCGCGUGCGGGAUCUUGAGAAAAUCGACAAAUCCGCAACAACUAUACACGAGAAUUAUCAAAGGAAAGUGGAUCAGUACCAACGGCACAUCAAGAAAACCUAUAAUCAAGCAAAACUUGAUGCCCGAAGUUUACAGGACAUAGCGCUGCAGGACAUAUCGAUAAUACUGUCCGACGUUCAAGAUUUAAUUGAGGAAUCGGUAGAAACGGUGCAAAAAUGUGUGAACGAAGUCACCAACGAUAUAGAUAUUACUUUAGAAAUUAUGGACGAAAACAGUACAAAACAGUCUAGAAGAACGCUGAAGAGACUGAAAGACGAGGAGAACAUGAGCAAAAGUAGUUUGGUGAGGGAAAAAAGUAAAUCAAAACUAGCCAGCGCAAGUAAGGAGAGUAAGGAUGGCACACCUGGCCCCAGCAAAAGUGAUCGAAAAUUCAGAUUAUCCGACUAAUAAAAACAGUUAAUAAUUC